UAUUACAUUUUUGGUCAGUUUAAAGGGAAAGGAAACGGUGGCUCAGAGGCGCCAAAGUUACGUAAUCAUUUUAGGGCGGAAUUACUUGAACAAAGGGUGUACUGUGUGGCUUAAAAAGAAAUAGAAACUGAGGGCUAAAAUGCUGCCGGACGCCUACGGGUGCGUCGUGUCGAACAGGUUCGGGAACCUUCUGGAUGACGACGCUGACCCGUUUGACUUGAUCAGCGAAGUGGAAACGGAGAAGGAGAAGGAUAAGAAGAAAAAGAAAAAGAAGAAGGAAGAGGAGGAGAAGAGGAAAGGCAAGCAGAAAAAACCCGGGCAGAGGGAAUCUCAGAAGGACAGACGCGUUCCCAUCGCGUCGGAGGGUCAGGACCCGGCUCCAGCCCAUAAGCAGCAGCAGGAGCAGCAGCAGGCACGCCCUGAGAGCAGAGAUGGCAGAGAGGAGGGCCAGAGGGGCAUGAAGAGAGCUGCCGCCGGGGAGCGUAGGGCCAACCAAGAGGAGUACCCACAGGAGUUUUCCAUCUCUAAGCCUUCCCAUUAUGCAGAGUCUGACCUCAGGGGCAGAGGGGGGAUUAGAAGUAGGAGAGGAUCAAGAGGUGGUGGAGGGUACACAAGGAACCCAGACAACUUCAACCUGAGGGGCAAGAGAGAAUAUGAUCGACACAAUGGAACAGGUAUAUCUCCUGAGGAAAAGAGAGGAGGCAGAGGGCCCUGGAACUGGGGCUGUGUUGAUGAAGCUGCAAGUGAAUUAAUGGAGGUGACAUCUGAUGCUCCAGUCAAACCUGAGGAGCCCCAAAUACCUGUGGAUGAGGAGAAUCAGAAUAAAACAGUGGAAGAGGAGGAUGGGGAGGCGGUGGUCCAGGUUGCCGUGGAGAUGACCCUGGACGAGUGGAAGGCAGUGCAGGAAAUGAGUCGUCCCAAGGCAGUGUUUAAUAUCCGCAAAGCCGAGAACAAGAUUCCCUCCAAAGCCAAGGUCAUUCACCUGUCAAAGCACCUGGAGAACCUCAAGGGGUCUCUGGAGGACAUAGAGGAUGAAGGCAACUUCCUCCGAAGGUCUGUGAAUGACAUCACCUCUCUUCUGGACAUCAAUUUUGGGAGUCUUGGACGGCCCACUCGUGGGGGUCGGGGAAGGGGAGCACGAGGUGGUCUGACUAGUCGCCCAGAGAGAGCUAAACCCAUACAGGAGAGGAGGGAUGAUCUGGCUCCUAACCCAGAUGACCCAGAAGACUUCCCAGCACUGUCAACAGGAAGAUAACUGAAUACACAUCUUUUCAUUUACUUCCUGUGGGGGAAAAAAUGUUGCACUUGUUAGAAAACAGUUUUCAUGUUUAUGCUGUUCUUAAGGUUUGGGGUUCUAUUGCACUGAAGGCACUGUUCAGCAUUUGACUCCUGGGGAAUAAAUGCUUUUGCAAGUUUAUCUUGGCGCUAUUGAAGCUUUCUUUUUUUUUUUUUUUUUUUUUUUAA